AGUGAUCCUGUCAGAACUGAGAGAGGAAAACUUCAGAAGUUGACAAGACACCGAAGACAUUUCCUAUACAAAAGUCGACAAGGCUUUACAAGCUACAACAUGGAUGUUGACCCGGAAGACACGGUGCCCGCAGGACGACCCCGGAGGAGAGGUGCAGUGACAGUGGGGGGAGGGGACGAGGAAGGGGAGGGAGGUGGGGGCAACAGGAGGAGAAUGUCCCGCCGCAUGUCCACAAAUAUAAAGAGCAUCUGGUCCAAAAUGGCCACAAGUGGGUCACACAGAGCAAAAUCGACCGAGAUUCCACACAGUUUCCUGGAAGAGCUGGAGUUCCAGGGCGUGCGGGAGAAGCCUCAAAACAUAGAGGCUCUGGCCAAGGACUCCCUCUUUUCCAAAGACGAAAUCAAACUCAUCUACCGCAGAUUCAAACAGGAAUGCCCAAAUGGAAUUUUGACAGAGGAAAUAUUUCGAACUGUUUUCCAGCAAUUUUUCCCAAUCGGAGAUACAAGUCAGUAUGCCCACUUCGUGUACAACACCUUCCGACGGAACUCUUCCGGAGAUGUCUCCUUCGCGAGUUUUCUGCGCACCCUAUCCUUCAUGACAAAGGGGUCUGCGAAUGAGAAGUUGUCCUGGGUUUUCAGCCUCUACGAUAUCGACCGGGAUGGAGUGCUGAGUCAUCACGAUCUGAGAUUGAUUUUGGAGUCGAUGUACUUCAUGGUGGGAAAGGACAUCGAGGCAGAAGAGACCAAAAUUAAAGCCCAAAUCAACGAAAUCAUUGAGAAGAUGAGCACCCACCCAGAAAACCGCGAAAUAACGAAAGACGAGUUUAUUCUUUACUGCUCGCAGAACUCUCAAAUCGACCAGUCAAUACAAUCAUACACAUGCGGGCUUUUCUAGCUAUGUGACUUCCGAGAAAAUAACGCAAAUGAACAAUUAAAACUCAAUUUUUUAUAAUAUAAUUGCGUUGAAAAAUUCGAAUAGUCACACAUAUCGAAAAAUGUAAAUAUUUGAUUAAGUGUAAAAUUGAUGUAGCUUAUUUGUGAUAGUAAAUUUGUUCUUUUGCUCAAGUAUUUAUAGAUGUUAGUUUAGUAA